CUCUAAUCAGAUGUCUGUACUCAGUCCGGUGUGUGGAGCUCGAAGCUUGAGUCUAAAUCGCGUCUCUAUGGCAUGUGAUUGACAAAAUUUGUAUAUUAGCAAGAGAGAGAGAGAGAGAGAGAGAGGGAGAGAGAGAGAGAUUAAAGUAUGGCUGAACAGAAGUUACGCUUUUGUGUAUUUGUGAUUUAUGCGAUUGAAUCGAUCGUCGGAUUUAACAUUGACGUCCAGUUUCCAAUCAUCAAAGAAGGAAAAAAUAAAGGGAGUUUCUUCGGCUUUUCAGUGGCUUUACACAAACAGACCAAAAACACCAAACAAAACCUGCUGUUGGUCGGAGCUCCACAAGACAAUGCACAGCCCUCUCUCAUGAAGCUGAAGAUUAAUCAAACAGGAGGGGUUUAUUACUGUCCCAUCACUGGUGACCCAAAUGACUGCAGGACCAUAGAUCUCAUUUCUCCACCUCAGUCCACAGAGAUGGUAGAGGGCAUGUGGCUUGGAGUUACUGUAGCUAGUCAGAGGAUUGGAGGACGAGUGCUGGCAUGUGGUCAUCGUUAUGUCAAAAUACUUCUGGGUGCAGAAGAACAGCAGCGUAUGGUGGGUAAAUGUUACGUGCGGGGCAAUGACCUGAGCUACGACUCGUCUGAUUAUUGGCAGUCUGACACUUACGAGCAGUGCGACUUUAACUACGACCAGAAUCUGGAGGGAAUGUGCAACAUGGGAAUCUCGGCGGGAAUGACAGAAAACGACAUUUACUUCGGUGCUCCGGGCAGCUUCGUGUGGCAGGGUAAUGUUCAUAUGAAAUGCAGAGACCCCAACUCAGAUUUCGCAGGGGACACUGAUGACAAAAGCUUUGGUAAGCUUGGUGAGGAUAGGCUGAACAUCUACAUAGGUUACUCAGUGCUGGAGGACACAAAACUACUGCAUCACACCGAGUAUACUGUGGUUACAGGAGCUCCCAGAGACGCUUUUAAGGGUUCAGUCAUUCUGGCACAGAAAGAAGACCUGACUCUUAACCCGCUCAUCAUUUCAGGGGAACAAAUCGGGUCGUACUUCGGCAGUUGUCUGGCUGUGACAGAUCUCAAUAAUGAUGACUGGAAUGAUCUGAUUGUCGGUGCACCGUUCUACUUCGACCGCUACAAGGAGGAGGGCGGGGCCGUUUAUAUUUUCAUGAAUGAAAACGGUUCUUUCCGGGAAAAAGCCAACAUAGUUCUGAAGGGAAAGAAAGGAUCUGGGUUUGGAUUUGCUGUUGCCGCAGUCGGAGACAUCAAUCAGGAUGGAUUUCAAGAUUUUGCCGUUGGUGCUCCAUUCCAUGAUUCUGGAAAAGUUUUUAUUUGGAUGGGGGGUAUAAAAGGAAUCUCUAAAGACCCCAGCCAGGUGAUAGAGGGAAAAUCAUUAGGAACCGGCGGCUUCCAGACGUUUGGUUACUCUCUUAAUGGAGGAAUGGAUAUGGAUGGAAAUGAUUAUCCUGACAUUGUUGUGGGCUCUCUGGAUGAUCGUGUUGCUCUUUUGAGGGCUCGUCCGGUCAUCCACCUCUCAAAAAACUUCACAGUCGAGCCAAAGAUUGUGACUCCAAGCCAGUGUGUUAAUGCCUGUAUAAAGAUGAAGGUGUGUUUUAGUUACAAUCUCAGCAAUGGAAAUAAAGCUUUCAAGAGGGACAUAACUGUGAGGUACACAGUGGAUGCUGACCAUAAUCGCCGUGUCGCCCGAGUCCGUUUCCUUGACAACAAGCAGAGCACAUUUACGGACCUUCUCUCUUUCUCUGCUCCUACAUGUAAAGAGCUUGAACUCAGUGUUAAUAGCCCUGUAAUGGACAAACUACAGCCUGUAGUCUUCACUCUCAAUGUGACUCUUAAUGAGGAGAAAACAACAGCAAAACAAACAGUACAGAACCUGAACGCUUUUCCAGUGUUGAGCGGCCUACAGACCUUGACAGACAAAACUGAGAUUAACUUUCAUAAAGAGUGUGGUGCUGAUAACAGAUGUAGCAGUAACCUGCAGCUGAAGGCCGUGUUUACUGAUGAGAAAAAUAUUCCCUUCCCCGGUGACACGAUGGAGUUUAACAGUAACAUAAAGAAGGUGGUGAUGAUGGUGGAGGUCACAAACAUGCCAGAAUUAGACAGAGAGGCUGAAGACGCCCAUCAGGCGAUGCUCAACGUCACCAUACCCACUGCACUGAGGUACUCGGGGGUGCGAACUCCGUCUGGUUUUGACAUUGAGUGCACUGCAGAUGAAGUUAUUAUUUGUGAUCUGGGAAACCCAUUUAAAAGCAAUCAGAAGAUUUCACUGAUAAUCAUCUUUGAAACGUCUGGUAUCACACUUUACACCGAGCUCAUUGAAUCUCAGCUUCAGCUCUCCACUAUUAGUGAGCAGAAAGAUCUUCAUCCUGUUCCCGUGAGCCUUAAAGUGAAGAACACAAUCCUCACUUCAUUCUCCUUAGAGAAGUCAGUGGUGGACACAUCCUUCAGUGGAACUGUGAUUGGUGAAUCUGCCAUAACAAACACCAAUGAUGUAGGAAGUCCAGUGGAGUUUGUGUUACGUGUCCGUGUGUUGGGAGAACCGCUGGGAAAUAUGGGAACUCUAAUGAUUGACUUUGAAUGGCCAUACGAGGUAACCAAUGGGAAAUGGCUGCUGUAUCUGACAGAAAUUCUAAUCAAAGGAACGUCUGAAUCACGCUGUAUCCCACCGGGCAGCAUUGUCAACUCACGCAACUAUACACUGUCAGAUCAGAUCACGAAGCGAUUCAGAAGAGACGUGGAUGGCGAUUUUCCUUAUGCAGAAGCUGCCAUUAAAGUUUUGACGCCUCGUAAAGUGACUCAUUUACUGGAGUGCUCAAAGCAAACCGCUCGCUGUGUGACGUUCUCUUGCCCACUGAGGAACAUGUCCACCCAGGCAGAGAUCAAAGUCAGAUCCCGUGUGUGGAACAGCACCAUGCUAGAGGAUUUUAGCAAUGCUUUACGAGUGCAAGUAAGGGGACAGGCGACACUGAGACUCAUGACUGAUAAACCCACCAUUGACAUGGACAGCCAGACCCGAGAGUUUUUAGUAAACAUUGAUCCGGUUCUGGGAGAAGAGACGCCGUAUGAAGUUCCGCUGUGGAUCUUCAUUGUGGCAGCAGUCGCUGGAAUCGUAUUAUUAGGCAUCAUCAGUUUCAUUCUGUGGAAGUGUGGUUUCUUUAAGAGGACUGUUUACUACAGGAUAAUGCCAAAGUACCACGCUGUGAAAGUUCGCAGAGAACAGCGCUACGAGUUAAACAAGGCCUUACAGCCUGAGCAAGUACUCGUUAAGAAACUCUGGGUCACCAACUGGACAGAAAUGCAUCAAUAUUACUACUGAACUCUUCAGCAGGCUCCGCCCACAGAGCCAGAGGCGUGAGCUGAUUGGAGGACUUUUUAAUUACCUUAAACAGACACUGGAUGUUGGCUUUUGCAGUCAGAGUGAGCUUUUUUAUACAUUUUUGGCCUGUGUGCUAUAUCGCCUCUGUUUGACAGAUCAUCAAACCUGAUCUACUUUUAAUGUAUUCAUUUCUUUUCAUAUUGCUACAUUUUGUAAUUAUUUUUUAGCCUUGGACAGUUUUAAGUGUGUGCUUCUUUGUUGUGUCAUGAUUUCUCAUUCUUUUAGAGUAACUUUUUUUCCAAAUCAAAUCAAGGUGACUCAAGGAAACUAACUUUGCACCUUACAGUGUGUGGAAGUCAGAAGAUGUCUGCUAUAUUAAUUAACUGACAUACAGAUGGUGAUAAACAGAUUUUUUAAGUGGUUUUAAAUGAUCUGAGACCAGUUCUGACCCUAUUGAGGAAACAGCUAUACGGUACUUUUUGGUUCUGUUAAAGCAAAAUGUCUUCUGUAAUGCUUAUGCUUUUCGGUUUGUACUGCCAUUCAGUCCUCCUGUGGAGGAAGUGUGAUGCCUUUGUGUGAUCAGCAUUAAACAUGUGAAGGUCCAUAUUUAACCCCAAACCCCUCAAGACAAUUCAAGAACUUUUUAAUCUUAAUGAAUUGUAUAGCUUUCUGUACCCGUGGUCUCAUGGGAUAUUCAAGCAUCCAUUUGACACACACAUUAAAGGGACACUGCACCUUUUUUGAAAAUAUGCUAAUUUAUUAAAUAUGCUAGUUGUUAUUGAAAGUUAACAAGGGGACUACUUUCGGGCACUGCAUAAUAUCAUUGUGCCUCCUGCAGCCAUAGUACAGCAGCAAAGUCCUUGAUUACGCCAGAAUAAGAGUAUAGUUCCUAGCCAUAUCUGCAUAGAAAAUCGCAACUUUUAUUUUUCUGUUGAUCUUAGUACACAAUGUAACUACAGAAGAGUCAAGUUUUAAAUAGGAAACAUAUUGAAACUCUUUGGUUAUUUUUGAGUGUGAUGCUAAUGGUCUAAUCUGAUUCAAUGGAUUUUGCUAAGCUAUGCUAAAAGUGGAACCACCAGACCUGGAGAUCGGCUGAAUAGAUUCCAAAAUGGUAAAAAUCAAAUGUUUAACUCUAUGGGAGCUGGA